AUGGAUUUUGCUAAUCGUCACACACCACCGAUAAAUGCUCACAUCACAGGUACAAGUCUACCCAGCUAUACGAAUGGAAACUAUGCCACGUCCCCGACGAGUAAUUAUCUCGGUCAAGCGUCGACGGCAUUAUUUCAUCCCGGUACUAACACACAGGGAAAUCUAGAACACUUUAUAACUGAUAUUUAUCAAAAAUUACAGAAAAUGGAUUUGCUCGAUCAAAUAAACCAAAGACUGUGUACCAUGGAAAGUAGGUUUGAUUCACUAGAAAGGACGAUCUAUGGAAUGAAAACAGAGAUAGGUAGUCAAGCCGAACGAUUGGAUGGGUUGGAAUUUCAGAGAUCACUGGUUGAUGACCGUAUGCAUAUGUUGGCGAUAGAAAACAAGGAACUGAAAGAGAGAAUGUUGGAUAUUCAAACUCGUUCAAUGAAAGAUAACCUAUUAUUUGGUGGGAUCGAGGAUACCGGAGAUAUCAACGAGAAUACAGAGGAGAUUGUUCAGACAUUUAUUAAAGAUAAACUUCAGAUUUCUGAAGAUAUACGCUUCCAUGUUGUGCAUCGUCUCCGUAAACAACCGGAUGGGAAACCAAGGACUAUCGUGGCAAAAUUCGAGAGUAGUAAGGACAAAAUAAAAGAGACUCUAAGAGAAUGGAGACCUUAUUCGGUUUAUGAACAAUACCCUCAAGAAAUUAACGAAAGGCGCAAAUUACUAAUAACCGUAUUCAAAGAUGCGCGCCGACUUGGCAAUAGAGCAUCUCUAAAUAUCGACAAACUGUAUAUUAACGGACGGCUUCACCGCCCAGGAGAAUCCCUACCCCCUCAGUUCACAAGAAAUCAAGAUCCGCCCAAUGUGUUACAAAACUAG